ACGAUUUCUUAUACAAAAAGAGAAAAAAAGUGGUAUAGAAAAUGAAGAGAGGUUGCAAAAUACCACCGCCGUUUUAGAGCUGUGCAGUCUGUUGCACGUGAUUUUCUCGAAUCCAAUUUUUCACAACGUAAAACGCGUCCUUAGGUAAGCUAUUCAGGCCAUUUACUUGUAGUCUGCCCUCUUUCCAAUCCUUUCAAUGGAAUUGAUUGAAAUGAAGAUACUGGAGGUUUCUGCAGUAUUUGACAUAUUCACACUUGUAUAUACAUAGAUCUAUAGUUGGUCAGAUAGCUACCUUCUAGUUCCGUAGUUGUGCGGUGUGUAUCUUCCAAGCCAUGGUGUAUAAUUCAGAUCUUGAUGACCUGAAGCGGGAUGGCCCCACGACAGUGGAGUAUUUUCCUGAUAUGGCCCAAUUCCAUGAUUUGGCGGAGCCUCAAGAGACAGAAGACUUCCUCUCCACACAAUGGGCUCUAGUCAAGAUCGGCACUUUCCAGUCGCGUCUAGAAGCUAUUCAAUCGUCCAGAGAUCGUAGACGAUUUAGAACAUCGGGAAGUAGUAUGUCUUCUAUAUCCUCGCUGGUGAUAUACGAAUUGGCAAAUCAGGUUUUUGGUUUCAACGGCUGGUCUCACGAAAUCAUAGACUGCGAACUACUACAAGAGGAGAACUCUAAAGAAAAUGAAACUGAGAAAUACUCUGCUACCUUCUCUGCAUUAGUCCGCCUUGUACUCAAAGAUGGUACUGCCAACGAAGCCCAUGGACUUGGAAGUUCUUGCAACUUGCCAUUUAAGUAUAUGAGCUACAACAAGGCCAAAAAGCAGGCAGUGACCGAAGCUACCAAGAAUGCCAUAUUGGGACUUCGCGAUAUCCUACUAGAUCUCGA